AUGAAUACUAAAAAUAAAUCAGGACAUUUGUAUGAUAUUGCCAAUUUUGUGGUCAAACACACUUUACAGUCUUCUGAAAUAUUUAAUUGUUUGAAAUUGACUUGGAUACCCGACCCAAAGUAUGAUUUUCCUAUACGUGCAGAAGGCAGACAUAAUAGAAAAUUUCAAUCUAAGUAUUUAGAAAUAUUUCCAUGGUCAGCUUAUAGUGAGAUUAAUAAAGGAGCCUAUUGCAAAUGGUGUGUUGUAUUUGCUUUUUCAGGCGGUGGAUCAGGCAACCAGUCGUUAAAGAAUCUAGUAAGAGAGCCGAUGACCAAUCAAAGGGCAAAAGACUUCUUAAAAAACUAUGAAAAUGGAGACCAAACAGCGGUAAACGUACUUCUCAGCAAUCAAAAAAGAGAAAUAAUUGAACACUAUUGUAAGAGACUUAUACCUAUAAUUAAAACUAUACUUUUUUGCGCACGUAAUAACUUGCCAUUACGUGGUCAUCGAGAGUCCGGUUCACUUAAAUUUGAUAAUGUACGUGAAGAUUGUUUAUCGGGUAAUCAAGGAAUUUUCCGAGCUUUAUUGUCUUUUCGCAUGGAAUCUGGUGACAGAGACCUUAAGUCUCAUUUUGAUAUUUCUGCUAAAAAUUGUACAAUGAUAAGCUCUACUAUUCAAAAUGAAAUUAUCGAAUCAAUGGGUUCUUUUUUAUCCACACUACCGGUUACUUCUGCCACUCCAGAACGCACGUUUUCUAUUCUUAAAAAAAUAAAAACUUACCUGAGAUCAACAAUAUCGCAAGAAAGACUAAAUGGCUUGGCUUUAACAAACAUUAAUGCCACUGGUAUAAUCAAAACAAAUAUGCAAAUGCUACAAGCCUCUGCCCUAGUAAUAAUUAUGAAUCCUCAAAAAAAGUUUGAGUUGAAAUCAGUUACAUUAUUGUCUAUUGAGCAAAAACAAGCCUUAGUAUUAUUCAUGCAAGAGCUACUAAAGGCUACUUUCAUACCUUGUACUGCUCAUAGUUUAAAUUUGGCUGGUGUCAACGCUGCAUCAUCAAAUGUUCAAAUGAAAAACUUUUUUGGCAAGAUUCAACAAUUAUUCAAUUUUUUUUCGGGUUCACCUUCUCGUUGGGAAGAAUUGAAAUCAUUGAAACUCACACUUAAACCAUUUUCUGAUACAAGAUGGUCUUCUAAAUCUGUAGCUAUAAAAGCGGUUUUUAUACAACUACCCGAAGUAAAAAAUGCCCUUAAUAAUAUAAUUGAAAAAGGUAAUGCUGAAUCAAUAUUUUUGGAUAAAAGUUUAUUAUUAUUCAUUGACUAUGAAUUUAUUUGCUUGUUAUCUAUUUGGAAUGCUAUCCUUUCAAGCAUUGAUCGCGUUAAUGUUUGUCUACAAUCGAAAUCAUUAACAAUAAAUAAAGCUGCAAAUCUAAUUAAAGGAUUAAUUAAUGAAAUCACCGAUUUGCGAACUAAUAGACCUGAAACAUUAUUUCAAAGUGCUGAAGAAUUAACUCAAAAAAUUGCAACUGUUUUUCCUCAAAAAGAAUAA